GCAUGAUUGUUUUGUUUCUAACUUUAAAAAAAAAAAAAAAAAGUGAAACGGGUUGGUAGUUGAAGUAGUGGGUGCUCAACCCGGUAGUGACCGGCCACCACCACCAUCACCACCAUCACCACCAGAAAGGACACACAACAAAUGCUUUAUUCUCUCAUCUUUCUGGUUCAGAUCUUCAACCCACACCUUCUCCUCCCUCAUCAAAUAUAACACACAUUCAUUCAACUUCCACUCAUUAUAGAUCGAUCUUCAAUCUUCAUCACCAUAUCCGUUUCUCACAAAACAAAAGCCCUAAUUCGAAUCGAAUUGGGGAAAAAACUAAAACCAAAUUAGGGUUUUAUUUAACACAGAGCUUGCGCUACCCAGUGAUGGAUCAAUGGUUCUUAGUAAUGCUCUCAAACCUCCUCCAUCUCCACAACUCCCUCGACCCAACCGCCGACACACUCUCCUCCACCGCCACUUCCUCCGCCUCCUCCACCACAUCCCUCCUCCACUCUUCCUCUAUCGCACCACUCCUCCUCUUCACCAUGGCCUCUGUCCUUUCCCACGUCGCUUCCACACGUACCCCAUCCUCACCUUCCUCCAACAACAGCCGUCGUAACAAACGCCGCCGCAAUAAAAACGCUUCCGACUACUCCGUUGCAGCUUUCCGAGCUCUCUCAACGGAACACAUAUGGUCCCUUGAACCUCCCCUCCGUGACGCUCAGUGGCGUUCCCUUUACGGUCUCUCUUACCCUGUCUUCACCACCGUCGUUGAUAAACUCAAACCCCACAUCGCCGUCUCUAACCUCUCUCUCCCUUCCGAUUACGCAGUCGCUAUGGUUCUCUCUCGUCUUGCUCAUGGCCUCUCUGCUAAAACCCUCGCUUCUCGUUACUCCCUCGAACCUUACCUUGUUACAAAAAUCACCAACAUGGUCACUCGUCUUCUCGCCACCAAACUCUACCCGGAAUUCAUCAAAAUCCCGGUCGGUCGCCGCCGUCUCGUGGAGACCACUCAAUCCUUCGAAGAGCUCACCUCACUCCCCAACAUGUGCGGGGCCAUCGACUCUAGCCCUGUGAAGCUCCGUUCUGGUCCAAGUUCUAACCCUGCUACCUAUCUUUCGCGUUACGGGUAUCCUUCUGUUCUUCUUCAGGUUGUUUCUGACCACAAGAAGAUAUUCUGGGAUGUUUGUGUGAAAGCUCCUGGCGGAACAGAUGAUGCUACCCAUUUCAGGGAUAGUCUUCUUUACCAGCGUCUAACUUCUGGGGAUGUUGUUUGGGACAAAGUUGUCAAUGUUCGAGGUCACCAUGUUCGUCCUUAUGUUGUUGGGGAUUGGUGUUAUCCUCUGUUGCCGUAUUUGCUUACCCCUUAUUCUCCAAGUGGGAUGGGUACUCCUGCUCAGAACCUGUUUGAUGGAAUGCUUAUGAAGGGAAGGUCUGUGGUGGUGGAAGCUAUUGGUUUGCUGAAGGGAAGGUGGACAAUUCUUCAGGAGUUGAAUGUGGGUCUUCAUCAUGUGCCACAAACCAUUGUGGCUUGUUGUGUUUUGCAUAAUUUAUGCCAAAUUGCUAGGGAACCUGAACCAGAGCUGUGGAAGGAUCCUGAUGAGAGUGGAGCUCAACCCAGGGUGCUGGAUAGUGAGAAGUCUUUGUAUUUCUUUGGGGAAAGCUUGAGGCAAGUUCUGACUGAGGAUUUGCACCAAAAGCUCUCUUCAAGAUAGUGACUGUUUAAUUUGAUGCCUUGUUGAUGGUAAGGGUGAACCACCUCAUGUAGAUUUUUUGUUUUGUUGAAUAGAAGAUUUUUUUUUUCUCUUCUAGGAUGUGUUUCAUGUAUUUUAUGUUGAAUGAUUUUAGUAACCAGAUGUAGAACUAGAUUAUAGGAUUUGUGGAUGUUUUCAACUGUAAUGGCUCCUUGUCUGGUGGAUGUGGAGGACUACUGUACUAACAUUAGAUUUUGAAUGAAAUGUGAGACAACUUUAACUUAA